AUGCUGACGCGCGCUUCGAGACUACUGUCCGGUCCUCUCCUCGACAUCUAUGUCGGACUAGAGCAACGGCACUGGGCCUUGCACCAGAACUUGCUGAUCCAUCAUUCACGCUUUUUCGAUGAAACAUUUACCGUUAAUGGCGAGCACAAGAGAAUAAAGGAAGGGAAGCUGUAUUUGCCCGAUGAAGAUCCCGAGGCGUUCGAGCUUCUUGUAAAGUGGCUAUACCAAGGCCGAAUCGAGGAUGUCUCCCAAAAGCCCAAAGAGGCCAAAUGGGAUUACGCCUUUACCUGCCAGAAGCUGUAUAUCCUCAGCACAACUGUUGGCCUUAACGAGCUUCAGAACCUUGCCAUUGACCAAUUUCGCAAAGGCUGCCACGACUCAGCUCUCGUUCCUGGUCCAGAAGAGAUGAUUCCCAUCUAUCGAAAGACUGCAUCUCACUCGCCCUUUCGGCGCCUGGUGAGCAAGAUCGCGGCCCGCCAGAUCAUGGAUCCAGAUCACCAGCUAGACGCAGGUACCUACCGCGACUGCUUUGAGGCUAGCCCGGACUUUGCAGUCGAUGUAAUUAACGAAAUUCGCGCUGGCACGAGCGGCAUUUUACUCGAUGAUCCAACUGUGGGCAAUUCUUGCAACUUCCACGAGCAUGAGGACGGUGCAUCUUGUCACAAGUCGGUAAAGUUCAAAAACGGUGUUAAAGGCCCUGCUUGA